AGAGAACCAGCUUCGCAGGACGGAAAACUCAGAGUUAGACCUGUAGUUAUCUCGAUAACCGCAAAUCCUUCUUCGUAGUACAAUCUCCACUGGCACUGUUGACUUUCCCCUUGACUGACAAAUCAGAAGCCGGGAAUCGGAAGCUAACUUCAGCGUCGUCUCUUGCCUUGUGAAUGAACACAUCCGGUCUGAAAAUAUGAGAAAACAGGCCUUUUUUCAAAUGAAUAAUCAAACUCGCUCGUCCGUCAUUGACCAAGAAAAAGAAAAACGCCUUGAAUUUCAAUUUUCAUAUGAAAAACAACCCACCCAUUUUUUGUUUUUUUAAAACCUGUACACCCUUAUUAUUAUCUCAGUGAAGUUUAAAAACUAAAAACAGAAAAAGGAAAUCAAAACCUUCCAGAAAAUGAUCCAGAGACACCUGUUUUUUUUUUAAAGAAAAAAGCUUCAGUUACAACAUGGUGUCACAAUGAAUCGCACAAAUGUGAACAUAUGCCCUGAAAAAUCCACUUUGAAUUUCUUCCUACUUUUCAUGUAUUCUAAGUGGCUUGAGUUAUUCCAAAAGCAUGUCCAGUGAGUUAUGAAGUGUGUUUUCUUUUUUUCAUCCAUGCUGGCCUGACGAUACACCUUUUUGAUUCGGUUUACAUCACAUUAGAUUACGUCUGAUUUCAUUAGUUUACCUUUCAGGCAUUUAGGUGCAAUAAAAUCUGGUUUGAUGGGGUGCGACAAAAUAGGCCGGAAUAUAUUUUACAGUGAAUCCUCUCUUUCUCCUUCUUCUUCGCCACCUUCGUCCAAUCCACUUGACCCCCCCGUUCAAGUAAUUAUCCGGCCAGUGAUCACUGACGGGAUUGAUGAUGAAGCUCUGCCCUGCGCGAUCCAAUCAGGACUUUCAUUACUUCAGAGCAAGAUGGAAACCACGCGCGGCCAGCUCCUGGUUCUCCCCCUGGAGGGCGUGGACCCCCCAGCAGAGGCUUUCCAUGACGCCAGCUUGGUCUCCAGCGUACGUUGGAGUUUGUCCAGGUCUGAUGCUAGGCUGCAGCCACCCCGCCCACCAACAUGUUCACCAAAAAGAAGAAGUCUCGUAUCCAGAUUUCAGCUCCAUCCAACUUUGAGCAUCGCGUGCACACAGACUUUGACGAGCAUGAGCAGAAGUUUGUCGGGUUGCCGCGGCAAUGGCAAUCGCUCAUCGAAGACACGGCCAAAAGGCCCAAACCCUUCAUCGACGCGACUGUUAUCACCACUGUCGAGCCGCGCAAGGCAAUUGUACGUGGAAACAAGAUGGGGGUGGACGGCUCUCUGACCUGGCUGUUGGAUGAGUUUGACACCAUGUCUGUGACUCGCUCCAACUCCCUGCGACAUGGAAGCCCUCCCAUUCAACCUCGCAGAGAUUCUAGCUCUUCAGGAGGAGGAGGAGGAGGGGGGCAGGAGAAUGGAGAUCCUCACCACAGACACUACUCACACCCAGAAAGACAUGACGGUCACCGACCUAGACCAGAACACCAGGGCGGAGGUGACUCCCGCCAGGGUCAGCGUGCAACCCGUCCUCCUCAGAGGGAUGAGGGAAUCCAGGGUCGGCCCCAGCAACAGCCCCGUGGCCAGGAACCUGGCAAGCUCCACAGGGACAGACCAGGCUCUGGCCCUCCACCUCCCCCCCACAGAGACAGAGAGCCACGGGACCAUGAGCAGGUGGUCCGCAGGGAUCAACCCACUGAUCACAGGCCAAAGUCGAGCUACAUGACACGGGAUGGCAGCCCCCAAUCUCCCAGGGACAAGAGGCCUCUCUCUGGGCCCAACAUACGCACGCCAAACCUGCAAGUAACGGAGGGCGUUAUAAAGAGCGCCCAACAGACCACAAGGCCAUUUAACACCUACCCCAGGACAGACAGCGAGGGCGGACGCAGCCCCACCGAACAGCCGGUUCGAUACCAUGAAUCUUCCCCUCAAAAUGGCCCCUCUAGUGGCUCCAGCCGAGGUUCCUCCAGCUCUAAGCCCCCUGUAAGUCACCCUCACCCUCAUCACACUUCCCACCCAAGCCUGACCCCUGACGCCUCCCAGCAUCCACACACUCCUCACCCCAACGUUCCAGCUCCAAGGCCCCCAGUGCCCCCUGGGCCACCAGCGUCCAGUGCUCCGUCACAGGGCCGCUCACCACAGAGGGAGCCCCAGAGGGUUUCCCACGAGCAGUUCAGAGCGGCGCUACAGAUGGUGGUGGAUCCUGGCGACCCCCGGACCUACCUGGACCACUACAUUAAGAUUGGGGAGGGGUCCACAGGGAUCGUGUGUAUAGCCACAGUGAAGACCACGGGGAAACUGGUCGCUGUGAAGAAGAUGGACUUGAGGAAACAGCAGCGCAGAGAACUCCUCUUCAACGAGGUGGUGAUCAUGAGGGACUAUCACCAUGAGAACGUGGUGGAGAUGUACAACAGUUACCUGGUGGGAGACGAGCUCUGGGUCGUCAUGGAGUUCCUGGAGGGAGGAGCUCUGACUGACAUCGUGACACACACCAGGAUGAACGAGGAGCAGAUCGCCACAGUGUGUCUGUCUGUCCUGAAGGCGUUGUCUGUCCUCCACACGCAGGGUGUGAUCCACAGAGACAUAAAGAGUGACUCCAUCCUCCUCACUCAUGAUGGUCGGGUGAAGCUGUCAGACUUUGGUUUCUGUGCCCAGGUGUCUAAGGAAGUGCAGAGAAGAAAGUCUCUGGUCGGAACACCGUACUGGAUGGCACCAGAACUCAUUUCCAGGUUGCCUUAUGGACCAGAGGUGGAUAUUUGGUCUCUGGGUAUCAUGGUCAUAGAGAUGGUGGAUGGUGAGCCACCGUACUUCAAUGAGCCACCGCUCAAAGCCAUGAAGAUGAUUCGAGACAACCUGCCUCCCAAACUGAAGAAUCUGCACAAGGUCUCCCCCGUGCUCAAGGGCUUCCUGGACAGGAUGCUGGUGCGAGACCCGGCCCAGAGGGGCCCUGCCAGUGAGCUUCUCAAACACCCCUUCCUGGCGAAGGCGGGUCCGCCAUCUUGCAUCGUUCCUCUGAUGAGGCAGAACAGAAUGAGAUGAGACUUGUGACACUAAGACCUUCGAGUGUGCAGGUUCAAAUCGAACAACGGAAUACUUUUGCACACAGAUGUGUGCCCCCCCACAGAGGUCAGAGGUCACAGAUUAGAUUUCUGUGCCCAGGCUAAACUCUGAGUGCUGUGGCAAGUGUGUAAAUGAUUGCGUGCGUGUGUGAAAAAUAUGUUGCUAACAGUUAAUGACAGCAUUUCAUGGCUUGUGUGUGUGAGUGUGCGUGUGUGUGUGUGUGUGUGUGUGUGUGUGUGUGUGUGUGUGUGUGUGUGUGUGUGUGUGUGUGUGUGUGUGUGUGUGUGUGUGUGUGUGUGUGUGAGUGUGAGUGAGAGAGAGAGACCUCUCACUUUAAGUUGUGAAAGUAGAGAGCAGCAGAGAAGCCACAAACUGCCGAAUGAUUUCAUCUGAUAUCAUAUAAACAUUUAGUCUUGAUUGAAGGGCCUGACCUGGAAAGAUUAAGGACUGUGACUGCUUUUAUUUUGUUUCUAUUCGGACCGUACCUGGAUUUUAAGUGUGAAGGUUGGGUUUUGCACACGAGUUAGAAACUUUUAAGGAGCCAGGCGCCUCUUGGCUUAUUGUAGAGAUAGUCUGAGCGACAUUUUAAUCUCACUAUUGGACGUUCUGGAAGCCCAAUCUUCUUCUCUACCAGGACUUCACCCACCCACGGAUCCCAGCCUCGUCACACCCAGAACUUACUACUGAGGGCUGAAAUGUUCUGACUCAUACCUGAGCCAGAUGGACUUUUAUUUUGUAGCCGUAUAAAAAAAAAACUAGCUUCCUGUUUUAAACAAGAAAACAUACACUAAAACAAAAGGUAAACACUGGAGUUGUGGUUUUUUUUUUUUUACAGAUGAAAUGUCCCCAUAUUUUCUUCUUAUUUUCCUGUGUAAGUACAAUGAACAUAGAGAGAUGUAUCACUUUUGAUGUUUUACUAUCUCUAUUUUGUGAUUCUGUUUUAUUAUUAUUAUGAUUUGUUUAUUUUAGAGUGAGAUGUGAUGAUUUUUUGAAGCACUGUUGACGAAAGAUAGAAGCUGCACUCACAGUUGAUUCCAGCACACAGACAAUAGACACUAUGGACAUUUCAAAAAAUUUUUUUAGACCAGACCAGAAAAAGGCUUUGACCAUUAACCUCAGUUAAGCAGAAAAGGUUGACAGAACCUCACAGCAGAGGAAGUAUGAGAAUGCUCUGCAUUGUCAGGCCUCAGCUGGGUUUCACCGAGGUGUUUGGUAACUCGAUUAUGAAAACGGAAGGUUCUGAGGUAGAAAGCGUACAUGAAGGCAGUCGGCGAGUUGUUUUCAUUCUGCGGUGCACGUCAGCUUCCUUGUAAUGCAAUCGCUCUCCUUCAUCAAACACACAGCGGCGGCUCUUGUCGCUAAAUGGUCAGCUGCUGACGUGAAGGAGUGCCCAUCGUGUUCUGCUGCUACGGCAUUGAACCCAUUAAUGUCCGAUUGCCUAGUUAAUGCGUCUGCCAGACCAUAAAUCCACCUCGUAUUGUACGAGCAUAAAAGGAGCAACCUGUAGGUGUCUGUCAUCCACCAAGUCCCUUUUUACUCUGUACACGGCCCACAGAGGACGCUUACAGAUCAGGGGGAAGAAAAGUGGUUUGUUUAGAUUCAUAUCACCCGCCAGUGACGAGUGUUGCUCAAUCGUCACCCACAGCCCCUCAGCGCGCUGAAUGAAUUAACGACGGUUUCUCCCAGGUCUGGUUGUUACACGCCCUCUUCUGUCCCGCGUGGCAUCUUUUGUCCACUGACAUCUGUAGUUACACACUGUACCAUGUAGCAAUGAGCGGUCAUUUCUGCAGAGCAUCAAGGAGGUUGUUGCUCUUUUAAGAAUUCGUCCCUCUCAAGGGAACGAAGACAGCGAGGCGCACAUAUACACAGCCCGCAGGAACAUUCCCCUCUCUGGGCCAACGCUGCUGUUUUCCAUUCCUUCUACGUCUUCCAGUGUAGCUGCUGCUGUGAGACUCCUCUCGUUUCGACCGGACCUCGGCCGAGUAGCAUUUGAAAGACGAAAGUUUCUGAUUCUGAACCUCAGACUACAUCCCACCUGCCGGGUGCUCCUUGAAAAUGAACUCCUUUCAUCAAACUAUAAAAGGCUUGGCACCUGUCGGGAAUAGUCACUUUUGCAAAUUCAAAACUGAGGUUGCAACACACACGCUGCACAAAACACACUAAUACUUUUCUACACACUUAUAUACUGCAGCUGUGGACACAUUGUACUGCAGUUCCCCUGCUGAUGGUGAACUAUCACUUCCUGGGUUAAUACUUCCUUUGUCCGUAACUUCAACCUCUUCCACCUAUUGUCGUACUUCCGCAUAAUUUACCUCUAUUGUCUGUGGAUAUGGUCGAUUCAUAAAACAACAUUAAAAAUGCCCUCUUGCUGUUUUCAUAUAGGUGAGACGAGGGAAAAAUUGAGUUUCCACUCCCGAAAAACUCAGUAUGAUUUGUAUGUGCCCAGACUGGAGUUGCUGCAGGACAAAGUUUGUUUCGAGCCUCGACAGGCUGAACGUAGGUAAACUUUGUCCCUACCACUUUUUUUGUUUCGCUUCAAAAACAUAGACUUCCUAGAAAUUUCUGGUAACUGUACAUUUUCAGCAAAUGUGUAUGUGUGCGAUGUUUCAUACUCGUAGCCAGGAUGAGCUGAGCCGAAUGAAACGAUGGACUGAAUGACAAUCAGGUGGAGCUGUGAUGUUUUGAGAUAAGACACUAAAUAUUCUUAUUUUCUAGUUUGAGAGAGAGUUUCCUCAAAAUCUGAAUCUUAAAUUAAAAGAAAAUAUUGACCCCAGUUGAAUCCUCAAGAUCCGAGUCCGCAGUAUCUUUUUACCAAGGAAUGCUGGUGAAAUGUUGAAAAAUGGCAAUAUUAGGAUUUUAAAAUUUGAUUAGUAAGGCCACAGUAAGGCAAGAUUUUUUGCAUAAAGUCAUAUUUUUUGAGAAACAAGUUGCAAUAUUUUUUGGGGGGGGACCCAAAUAUUUUUUGAAAAAGUUAUAUUUUGAUAAUGAUUUAAUCAUAAAUGAAAAAAGGAAAAUGUUACUGUGCUGCUCAAAUAAAUUGGAAAAAACAUUUGAGCAUGUCAUGAAAGUCCAGACCGCCCACAGUUUCUAUUUUUACUUGUUCCCAGCGAGUUUGGACUGAACCCAACUGGUUUCAUCUCAUUGACAAAAUGCUUUUUUCUCAAAUUAUUAUGCCUCAAUUUUUCCGACUUUAUUCACCGUGUAUUACAACAUAUUUGUCAUUGUUUCAACUUUAUUCUCAACACUCGAGUCUCUUUAUUUUCCACACUGUGGCCUUAUGCUCAUUGUAUAUUUGUCCCUGUUGUCUUUUUUUUUUGGUCUCUUUUCUUUUUGCCUUUCGAUCAGGUUAAACAAACCCAUCCCAAAUUCGAUCAGUUGUCCUUUGAUUGUCAAUGUGAAAAUAUCUGAUCUGUUCUCUAUGCUGUCGGGCUGAUGUCGCUUAUUGGGACGACUGUAACAAUAUUUUUAUGGACCACAUUCUACUGCUGUGUGUACGUGUACAUGUGCUUCUGUGAAGGGGUUUUGUCCUCUCUGUCUGUCUGUCUGUGUGUGUCUGUGUGUGUGUGUGUGUGUGUGCGUGUGGGGACAUGUAUGCGUAGUCACGAGUUCAUGCCUUAACACUUUACAAUCACUACUUGAUGGAUUAGGAUUCUGACUUGGCACUAUGACUGUAAGUGAUGGUGAAAGGAGACUUUCGUGGCGCUUCACUCUCCCAUCUCACGUCUCUGAGAAGUCUUCAGCUAAUAUGAAAGUGGCGUCUGCGUCUUUUGGCUGAAGUGUUUUAAAGUGACUGCUGUCGUUGACAUUCCUCACAGUUUUGACUUUGCCGACCACAGAAGAUUGAGGUUGUUUUUUUGUUUGUCUUUUCUCUCAUGUGGUUACCGAGUGCCUCCGAGUCGGCCACUUCUCACCCCGGUUGUGUCGUGACGGCGAAAAGGGAUUUUUCAAGAAGCAGGACUGCUGGCAUUCAAUUAUUUUUUUUGUCAGUAUCUCGCUGCUUCACACAACAGAGCUUCCAAAAGUUUCCUGUUGGUGUCCUUACCUGUCGCCAAAUGAGAAGUUCAAUUGCUGAUGUUCAGGGUUAAGUGUUUUGCUUAGGGACGUCUUGACAGACAUUUCUGGAUUGUCCUGUAAAGUGAGGAGUCUUGGUUCCUGGAAAAAAAAAACCCUGCAGGACCGAACCUCUGGUUUCCACGGUGAACAUACGGUUGCUGAGGCAGUGACCACUACUGACCAACCUGCUUACGCUGUAAUAUACGUGACAAAAAAAAAAAAGCAAAUCAAAAGAAUUCUUCCUCUGAUAGACUGUUAUGAUUCUCACCGACUCACCUCUUGUUUUAAAGCUGAUUUUGUCUGUCUGUUGUUGUGUUGACGUCAUUUUGUCAGACUACAUCAGAUUCCAACAAAUGAGUCUGCACCAUUUUGUUUUUGUAAAUUUCACUGGUUUUGUAAAAAACAGACUUCACGUUGCAAAUUUUACUUAUUUUUUUUGCAAAUACAGUUUUUGUAAAAGUCA